UUCCUUUCUCUUUCUCUCUCUAGUUUCUCUCUCUAAAUUCUCUCUCCUCUCUCUAAAAUCAUCACUUCCUUCAAAGCGUUUCUCAUUCAGCCAGAGGUUCUCUCUCUAUAUCUAUCUCUUUCUCUCUCUAUAUAUCUAUAUAUAUAUGUAUGUAUAUGUAUAUCGAUACUGAUAUAUAUAUAUAUCUCUCUCUGACAAAUCUGCUUCGUUUACAGUUCAGUGUAAAAUUGUUCAUUCUCGCUUUCAAUUUAUUCGUUUUCUACAGUUUGUGGAUUUCUGAUUGAUUGAUUAACUUCAUUUUCAAAGAUUUCUGUAAGAGAUUUCAUCGUUAGUUGAUAUGUAUCUCUUGUUAGAAGCGUAGUGAUUGAGAAUUUAGACUGAUUAUAAUCUAUAGUGUGAAGAAGAUAGGGUUUAGGCAAUGGAGAAGAAACAAGGCUUCUUUUCGGCGCUAAAAGAGGAGGUAGUUCGAGGUUUAUCGCCGGCGAGGUCACGUGCGAAGAGUCCGGCACGAAGUGCGUCGCCGAUAUCGAGUUUCCUUCGUCGGAAGAAGAAUCAUCACCAGUAUGUAGCAAAUCAAGAGCAGUUAAUUUCGAGAUCCGGUAGUUUGAGGCCUGUAGGUGAGACAUUGACGCCGUUGGUUGAAGGUCCUGAUCCAGAUGGAGGUGAAAUCGGUGAAUCUAAACGUGUUGGUUCGAGUAUUGGACAAUGGAUGAAAGGACAGCUUUCAAGAGCACCUUCUGCAGCUUCUAAUUCGUAUAAACGAUCUGAUCUAAGACUUUUGUUAGGUGUUUUGGGUGCUCCGCUUGCUCCUGUGCAUGUUAGCACUAAUGAUCCUCUUCCUCAUCUCAGUAUUAAAGACACUCCCAUUGAAACUUCAUCUGCUCAAUACAUUCUACAGCAAUAUACAGCAGCAUCAGGAGGACAAAAGUUGCAGAAUUCGAUUCGAAAUACAUAUACAUCAGGGAAGAUGAAGAUGGUUGCUACUGAAUUCGAGACUGCAACAGGUGUUAUGAAGAACAAACAUGCAGCUAGAGAUGCAGAAUCAGGAGGGUUUGUUCUUUGGCAGAUGAAUCCGGAUAUGUGGUAUGUAGAACUUGCAGUUGGAGGAAGUAAAGUUCACGCAGGCUGUAAUGGUAAGCUUGUUUGGAGACAUACCCCAUGGUUAGGCGCCCAUUCUGCAAAGGGACCGGUUAGACCUUUGCGACGAGCACUUCAGGGUAUUGAUCCAAGAACAACAGCAGCUAUGUUCUCUGAUUCAAAAUGCAUUGGAGAGAAAGCCAUCAAUGGUGAGGAUUGUUUUAUCUUAAAGCUUUGUACGGAUCCUCAAACCUUGAAGGCAAGGAGUGAAGGACCAGCAGAAAUCAUAAGGCAUGUAUUAUUUGGCUACUUCAGCCAGAAGACAGGUCUACUGAUUCACAUGGAGGAUUCCCAUCUUACCCGAAUUCAGAUCAACGGAGGAGAUGCUGUUUACUGGGAAACCACGAUGAAUUCGUUUCUCGAAGACUAUAAACCGGUUGAAGGAAUCAUGAUAGCUCAUUCAGGACGAUCGGUUGUAACCCUUUUUAGAUUUGGCGAGAUGGCAAUGAGCCACACCAAGACUAGAAUGGAAGAAGCUUGGACUAUAGAGGAAGUUGCUUUCAAUGUGCCCGGAUUAUCAUUAGACUGUUUCAUUCCUCCUGCUGACAUUAGAUCCGGAUCAAUUAGCGAAACUUGCGAACUCACUCAAGAUGAUAGUGGAAAGGGUUCGGUUUCUGUUUCAUCUCAUCAGGCCAAGGUUUCAGCUUGGGAGGAGAAAGCAGCACAUGAUAAUGUGUAUUGGAAGAUGGAAGUCUAACAAAAGGAAAGAAAUAGGGCGAAAAUUGUUCAUAAUAUAGGUUAGCUUCGAUUCGUCUGACAAACAUGGUCAAGUUUAUUACUUAUUAGGUGUUGUUUAAGCCUCUGAAAUCUGUAAAUAGAGGAUAAAACGUUCGAUAGGUUCUUAUCCCCGAACCUAGAAGAAUCUUUAUACUCUGGAUUCAGAUCCGACUACAACGGUUGGAGCUCGAUUUCCCCAGGUGGUGACAGAAUGGAGCAAAUGGAGGUGUGUUUUUGUUUUUACCUUCUAUAUGCUUUGAAUUAGAACAUGGUGAAGCUUUUGGAUAAGCAGAUACCAUGAAUUGAAUCAAUUUUUUUCUUUCUUUCUAUUUUAUAAACUUAUGAUCACUAAUUCUCUGGCCAAAUUGUAUUUAUAUACAAUUGUUGUACCAGACAUAGGAUGGAAGAUGUUAUAUUUCUUACUUAUUAUUAUUAAUCUAGUUGUUUGAUU